ACGAAAUACAGUAUAUGGGUCGAUGCAAAGCUGCAGUUAGUGGUCGAUCCACUUUUCUUGAUCCAUUCAUUGGUUUUGAACGAGAAUGUCGAUAUCUCUAUUUCGAAACAUCCGUUUUUCGUGCACACUAUGGAAGAGGCGAUGGCGACAGCUAGAUGGAAGAAAUGGUGGGAUGUUAAUGGAUUAAAGAUUCAAAUGGAGACUUAUUGUGAGAAUGGCUUACAACCAUGGAACUCAAAUAAGCCUUAUCCCACAGAUGUGCCGGAUAGUGCACUAAUACUGAGGAAGCACAGUUUAGCGACAAAUCUAUUCUGUUGCCUAAUGUUCAAUGAAUUGGAAGCAUUCAAUCCGAGAGAUCAACUGGCGUUUGCGUACGUGAGGGACAAAAUGAAACCGAAACCGAAACUGAACAUGUUUGAGGUUGAAGUAUUUGAGCAGGUUGCAGUUGAAUAUAGGCACAACCUUAAACUUGGUGGGGCCGGUUUGGGGCCCAAACUCAAGAGGGCGGCUGCCACCUCGGGUUUGUUUGUUAACGGGACAUGUGGCAAAUGCGAGGGAUACCUUUUGAGUAUGUGGGGGGAAUCCCACGAUUGAUAUAGUAUUAGUACUUUUUAUUUUAUUUAUUUUUUAAUACACAGAAUAUUAUGGAAAGGGAGAACCUACCAAACGGGAUCUUAACGGAAAAGGCUGACAAAAAGAAGACAGGCUGGCAGUGAUUGUCUCAUUUAAUGCACACAUGGCAAUCAUAUGUGUGUACUUGAGCUUUUGUUGCUGUGUUUUGGUUGGGCGUUGAGGAAUAAUAGAAGGCUUUUAUACUAAUCAUAAAUAAUAUAUUUUUUUUCAUAAAUAAUAUAUAUAUAUUUUUUUU